AUGGACGGCCUUGCCUUUGCGCUGCAGCUUGAUGGUGAGGAGGAGGUCCACUGCGAGUUGCAGCUCGAGGGAGAUGAGGAGCACACAGUGGUCAAAAUUGGCCGAUGCCCCAAGGGCGGAGUUGUGGUCAACCACCUGGGUGUCUCUUGGGUACACGCAGAGGUCCGCCUCCUUCGAGGGGAGAGCGAGGACGAACUACAGCUUGGUGUGCGAGACGUGUCCGCCAAUGGUACUGGACUCCAAGAAGAAGGAGGCAAAGAGGAUGACAUCCAGUGGCUGGAGCGUAACGAAGACACGCCUGUUCCCGAUGGAAAGCAGAUUGUUCUGCCACAGAAAAUCAAGAACAAAGCUGGUCGUCCAGAGGACUCCGUGCGACGGACCAUCAGCCAUCGCGUGCUAAGCGACGAAGAGGCGGCCAAGGCAAGAAAGAUACGGGAAGAGAAGGCAGCCAAGAAGAAAAGACGCGCGGAAAAGAAGGAACGUGAAAAAGACAAGAAGGCAGAGAAGGCAGGGGAGAAAGCCGUAGAGCCACCCAGCAAGAAAGAGAAGGUCGAGAAAGCAGCGAAGGCUGAGAAGGAAGAUCAGCGCAAGUCUGACACCAAGACCGCAGAAAAGAAGCCCAAGAAGGACGAGGAGAAGCCGGCCAAGAAGUCCUCUCAGAAAGAGAAGGACAAGCAUGACAAGCCCAGCAAGGAAAAGGACAAGCCUGUGCUGAAACAGGCACGAUCACGAAGCAGGGAUGCAAGGAAAGAGGAGAAAGCAAGAAAUGGAGCUGGCCAGAGAGAUGAACGAAAGCACCAGAAAGGGGUGGCUGAGGGCGAACUGCCAGCCGCUGCGCCCGAGGAGCCGAAGGUCCCGAAAGCCGUGGGUGAGCCUCCGGCAAAGGUGGCUGAGCCUCCAAAGCUGGCUGAGCCUCCGGCAAAGGUGACUGAGCCUCCGGCAAAGGUGGCUGAGCCUCCAAAGCUGGCUGAGCCACCGGCAAAGGCGGCUGAGCCUCCGGCAGAGGUGGCUGAAGUCAAGGUGCCACAGGAGGUGAAACCUGAAGAGGUGGCAGAGCCACAGCAGGAGGAGAAUGAGGAUGAGGAGGAGGAGGUGGUAGACGCAGAGGUCAAAUCCGAUGAUGAGGACGUGGUCAUGGUUACGGAUGAGCAACCUGCUCCUGUCGCCAAGGAGGUUGCACCUCAGAUGCCUGCCCAGGAGGCUGCUCCAGCAGAGCAGGAGCAGGAGUUCGUGCUGCCUGCUUGGGUGAAAGAAGGCAAGAGGUGCAACUGGUUUUCAGCCUCGCUGAAGCGGCUGGUGCCAGUGAGGAUCACCAAGGUUGACCAUGCCAAGUCAGUGGUGAUCGCCACCUUCGAAUCGGAUAGCGCAGUUUGGAAGAGCGUGCACUUCAUGAUUCUGGGGCAACCCGAGUGUCCUCUCAAAGGUCCUGAGCCUGGCCAGGAGAGCAGUGAUGAGGAGGAGAAAGAAAGCCGAUCCAGGCGCCGCUCGAGGACUCCCGACGUCUGGGAACAAGAGAGGCGCCGAGUAAUCGCAACGCAGGAAGCUGUGCUGGCGGCGGAGCGCCAAGAAGAAGAGCGACGCAAGAAGCAGCAAGAGGAGGAGCAGCGACGAAAAGCAGCACAGGAAAUUGAGCGCCAGAAGGUCCAAGCAGCCUUUGAACAGCGGAAAAAGGAGGCAGAGGAGCAGCGCCUCCGGGAAGAGGAAGAAUGGCGUGCCAGGCUCGUGGAGCGGCGAAAGAAGGAAGCCGCUGAAGAGGAGGAGCGACUACGCCGCGAGGAGGAGGAGCGACAGGAACGCAGGAGGAAACGGAAGGAGGAGAAGGAUCGCGAGAGGGAGAAGGAGAAAGAGCGCGAGAAGGCCAGGAGAAGCCAGAAAGAAGCAGAGGAGGACCGUGAGAGGAAGCGGCAGGCGUCCAUGGACGCCUUUGAACAGGUGUGCAAGAGCUCUGAUCCCAUGAAGCCAGCAAGGAGGAGAAGAGAAAGCGAUGAUAGUGAUGACGAUGACUCUCCAAAGCAAGCUGCAGCACAGUGGCCAGGAAUGGGCAUGUUCAACCCCAUGAUGGCCAUGAUGGCUGCAGCUGCUGGAAACGGCGGAGGCUUCGCUAUGGGAAGCCAAGCAAUGGGAGCGUCUAAAGGUGCAGCAAAAGGCUUCGGCAAAGCUCCGAACCCCAAAGGUGGCCAUGGCUACGAUGCCCCGGCCAAGGGAUGGGGUCCCAGUCCUGGCUCUGGCCACCCUGGCUCCGGCCACCCUGGCUCCAGCCACCCUGGCAGCCACCCUGGCUCUGGACACCCACACCCUGGCGGCCAUCCUGCUGGCGGCCACCCUGGCUCCGGCCACGCUGGCUCUGGCCACCCUGGCUCUGGACACCCUGGCUCUGGCCACCCUGGCUCUGGACACCCUGGCUCUGGACACCCUGGCUCCGGACAUGCUGGCUCCAGUCAGAGUGGCUUCAGCUAUGGUGGCUGUGGGGGCUACGAGGCUCGCGGUGAUAGCUACCCAAGCGGGCCAGGCGGCCCAGGCGGGCGAGGUGCAGGUGCUGCUGGUUAUGGCUGUGGUGCCAACAGCGGCUUUGAUAACGGUGCUGGUGAAGCACGUGCGCCCCCACCAUGGCGCUCUGCAGCAGCUGCGCGCCCACCGCCUCCACCAACGGGCCGUGCCCAAGGUGGCUGUGGUGGCUACGGCUGCGGCGGCGAGAUGCCAGGUGCAAAAGGCGGCUGCGGCGGCGAGAUGCCAGGUGCAAAAGGUGGCCGCGGCGGCGAGAUGCCUGGUGCAAAAGGCGGCCGUGGCAGUGAGCCAGGGAUGAAGGGCGGCCACUUGUUUCCGAAUACCACGGGAGGCACGGGAGGUGGAUUCCUGUUUGGAAACAAGGGCGCAGGCUUUGGCGGCAAGGGUUGGCGGUUUGGACGAGUUUCCGUGGAAGAAGGGGUUGAACAACUCGAAAAGUUCGAUUGCAUGGCCAGCGAUGUCGCUCCUACGCUGCCUUGGCCAGAUGAGGAGUGCGCGGCCACGCAGCUGGAUGAGGAUGAAGAGGAGUCUGGGGCUCCAGCAGCGGAACCAGGUAUUGCAGAUGUGGCAAUCUUGGAGCCGCCCUUACCGAGCUCCCCGCCAGCAACGCCACCGCCCAGGAAGCGGAGGCAUCACUCUUCUGCAGGCAGGUCAUCUGAGACCCCGGACAAAGCCUGCAGACGAUCUCCAAGGCUGCGAGAGCUGCAGCAACGGAAGGAGCUGGAAGCGGUAGAACCGCAGCCGCCUGCGCCAGGCGUCCGUCAGGUAUCCACGGGCCCCGUCUUGGCAGCGCCACCUGUGCGGCCAGUCAUUGCGUUGAGUGGUGUAGAGAUUGAGGCAAAUCUGCGCACAGCGGCCUGCAGACUUCUGGAGUCCAAGGGCGGUUCACUGUCCGACGCCUGGACAAAGGAGGCCACGCAUUUGGUGGCCUGCCGGUUGCGCCGGACCUUCAAAAUCAUGUGCGCCCUUUGCGGUGGGGUGCCAAUCGUGAGGCCAGCCUUUGUCAAGCGCUGUGUGCAAGAAGCACGCGUGCCUGAAGUAAGGCGCCAAGACUUGCUGAGAGAUCUCAUUGGAGAGCAGAUAUUCGCCAAGCGCUUUCUCGGACGUUCGGAGCGUUACUCGCUUGCAGAUGUCCUCCAACGCGCGCAAGAUCGUCCUUUGCUUGACAACUACCGUGUCUACGUGCUGCCAGAGGUGUCGGCCAUGGAGCGUCCCAAGCUGCAAGCCUUGGUCGAAGCGGCAGGUGGCCAAUGGCUCGAGGAGCUUCCUGCAGCUCCUGGAAACAGUUCAUUGAUAGUCUUCGCCGAUGCCUCGUGCGCCGCCUCUGCUGCCGAGGUGAUGGCCCAAGGCCUUCAAGCCUACCAGGUGGAGGCCCUGCUGACUGCUGCGUGCACGCAGGAGCUGCGGCUCGAGGCACAGAAGGGUGUUCUUUGCAUUCCGGAUGCCUUUGCGUCCGCCGUCUCGAGCAGCAAAAAAUGUUGGCAUUUCUACGCGUGGCGCAGAGGGAUUCUGCAGGAGUGGCCCUCAGAGAAGCUUGGAUUCCACCAGAACAUGCCUUUCUACCUUGAAAUUGGCGAAGCCCCUGUUCUGAAGCAUUUCAUCGCGGAAUCACCGCUUUUGCGAGGAACCAAAGUUGGGGGAGACGAUGCGCCUACAGUUUUCUUAGUAGCCCCGCCGGCGGAGCAGUUGACGAAAUACGUCCUGGAAGACCCCGCAGGGCCGUUUGUGGGCACUUUGGAGUGGCCUGACCGUCUCUUUGAUGACGUUGAUGGCAAAAAUGAGCCUGAUGUGGCAGACCAUGCCCCGGGCUCCUGGAAAAAAUGGAGCUUCCAAUUCUCGAAGCGGGAGCCCUUCAUGCUCAAAGCAGAUUGGCACGGCGUGCACGGCUGGGGCAAGAAAUUUGACAUCUUUGUCCCACGCAAGAACGCUGUGGUACCUGUGCGGCAAGCUCCGCCGAGGGUACUGGCGCUGCUCGAAGCCUUCCGGAAAGUCAACGAUGACUGCUGGCAAGAGAUAGCUUCUGGCUUGCAGGAGUUGCAUGAGCAGAAGCCUGAUGAUAUACUCAGAUGCCGCCUUCUCAAGAUGCUCAUCGAGGAGUUUCAGGAACGUGGCUUCUUCGGCGCCAUCGAAGCGCAGGCGGGCCCAGCGCGGAGGAAGGAGAUGCACUGGCACCGCGAUGGUGCGACGGGCCUUCUUCAUUUGGGGAUUACUCUGAGUGGGCGACGCCGUCUACAGUUGCGAGCUUGGAGCGAGAACGACUCCUGGACCCAAGAAUUGUGGAUGGACGCAGGCCACAUCUACCUCACUUCGCCCUUCCUGUUUGAGCACAGCAUCACGUACAGCGCUGAAGGCAGUGGCAACGGCCCCACACUCGCGCUCAUGUGCCGCUUCGGCUUCCUGGACGAAGAGGAUGCCUUGUGGGUGAACCAUUUCCGGGGACGAGACAUGCUGGAAGUCGUCGAGCUGAUCAGCGGCUGCCUCCGAAAUGCCACGGACCAGGGGAAGCUGCGCCUACCGACGCUGGGGGAGGUGAGUGCAAUUGAGAAGGAGCAUGCCAGGUGA